CAUGAACUCCAAAAUAAAAUUCGGUUCUCCCAAGAUCUUCAACAAAAAUGCAUUUAAGAACUCCAAGCUUGACUUCUUGGUGAAAUCUAACUCUCGGAUUGAUAAAGAGGCACAGAAGUCUCCGUUUAUUGUGAAAAAUAUUCAGAUGAUCUUGAAGUACAAGUUGAAAUCCGACUCUCCUUCUGACUCAAAAAAUCUCUCAAUUAGCUCAUCUGAGAUGUCUCCUCAGUAUCACAAACGAAAGAGUUCAAGAUCUCCCAUUGAAGAAAGAUUGAGGACUGAAAGAGACAAGAAUAUCAAUUCUAAGACCUUUAAAAACGAGAAGCUUAGAAAGAUGCUGAAAUAACGCUAUGGAAAAGUUCGAUCCCUCUGUACAUGGCACUCUCAAGCCAGAUUUAAAGUAAGUAUAAAUCACAACAGAAGAACUACAUUAAUAAGAUUCUUGAGAAUUCCAGAACUGUAUCUUUAAAGUCAAUCAAAAAAGACAAUCAGCCUUCUAAAGUGAACCUUCAACGAGACCAGAUGAGGUUGGGGGCAAUCAGCCAUCCAAGGAGGCCUGCUCCAAAUGUUUCGAAAUCUCUUAACAAGAUCUUCAGGAUAAAGAAGCCUGAAGAAAGAGUUGAAGUGUCUACUAAUGAUCUCAUAAGUAGCCGUGAUUGAUCAAAUAGCUCAAAGAAAUUCACAAAUAAGUUCCUACCAGAACUGGAGCUGAGUUUCUCUAAGGUAGAUAGGUCCAGAAGCAAGCUUAACAUCAAGCUCAACAGUCCCAAGGAUUCAGCAAGGCUGGCCAAGAAGCUUAGGAGUGGGGAAAGCUCCAAGCUUGACAUCUCCAACUGAAGCUUUAUUCUUAAGAAUCCGAUGAAGAAGAAGUCACAUUUUAUUGAUAAUCCUCAUAAUAGUGUGAAAAUGUUGCAACCAAUACAAAGAAGAUCUCAGAGUACAAUUAAGAAGCCGAAUUUUGAUGUACUCUCCCAGGUAGGAUUAGGGAAGCUGAACCAACUGGAGUCAUUCAACAGCUACGGUGAAAAGAGCUUCAAGAAGCUUACCAUAAACCGUAUGAGCCAGCUAAUUAAGCUGAACUACAUCUCUAAUAGGCAAGAUUUGUACCUGCCUGAGAUAAAGGGUGAUCAGAUAAUGCCAAAUUUUUCUGAGUAAAUUGCCACUUAAAAUCUAAGUUUUCUCAA